AGGGGAGGAUCCAAGAAGAAUUGGACCUGAGUCAAGUGAACUCAGUCUGCAGCAACACAAAGGGGGGAAAGCAUUCAAACUGUUCAAAACCCCAAACAAGCCAGGGGAGCGGUCCUGGAGAAAUGAAGUUAAAAGGACCAAAGUUAGCUCAUGAGUAGAACUGAAAGCCUGAUGUGCUUCCAUUGACAUGGCGUCUCAUCGGCCGUUCCCUGCAGACGACUUCGGUGUCUACUACAUCCUUGCGGAGUGUGCAGACUAUGACUCCCUGCCGGAGUCUAAGACCCAGCCACACUUCCAGGGCGUGACGGGACUGCGGAACCUGGGCAACACCUGCUACGUGAACGCCAUCCUGCAAUGCCUCUGCAGCGUAUCUCCACUGGUGGAGUACUUCCUGUCCGGAAAGUACAUCACAGCUCUUAAGAAGGACUGCAGCGAGGUUACCACCGCCUUUGCCUACCUGAUGACAGACAUGUGGCUUGGAGACUCAGACUGUGUCUCACCAGAGAUAUUUCUGUCAGCUGUAGGCAGUCUUUACCCAGCUUUUCUGAAAAAGACACAGCAAGAUGCGCAGGAGUUCCUGAUCUACGUCCUCAACGAGCUUCACGAAGCCUUGAAAAAGAACUGCCGAAGAAGAGCGAAUGAGAAAAGAACAGACCAAAGCUGCUGCAGAAAAGUGCCAGCCUGUGAGACCUCCAUCAUCACCCGGCUAUUUGAAGGACAGCUCAGUUACAGCAUCACAUGUUUAAAGUGUGAGAGCUGCACGCACAAGAAUGAAGUUUUCACCAUCCUCUCCCUCCCCAUCCCAUCUGAAUAUGAAUGUUCCCUCCAGGACUGUCUCCAGUGUUUUUUCCAACAGGACACACUGACCUGGAGCAACCAAAUCCAUUGUUCCUUUUGUGAAAUCAAGCAAGAGGCAGCUGUGAGGACCUCGAUUUCCAAGGUGCCGAAAAUAAUUGUUUUUCACUUAAAAAGGUUUGACAUCCAGGGCACAGUAAAGAGGAAGCUGCGGACAGACAUCCGUUACCCACUGACCAACCUGGACCUCACUCCUUAUAUCUGUCCAGUUUUCCGGAAACAUCCCAAGUAUAACCUGUGCGCAGUGGUGAACCACUUUGGAGAUCUGGAUAGUGGUCACUACACUGCCUUCUGCAAGAACUCGGUAACUCAGGCCUGGUACAGUUUUGACGACACUCGAGUCAGUGAGAUUCCAGAUACUUCUGUUCAAACAGCUACAGCGUAUCUUCUGUUCUAUAGCUGCCAGCCUUUUUCUAUACCGACACAGAAAUGCAAGAGCCAGGACAGUACUCCUGACCACUGCAAGCAAGCUAUCAGAAAGUGGCCGUGAACAUGCUUUGCUAUUAAAUCCUUACCACCUA